UCCAAUUGCCUGCAGUGAGGUAUUUUAAAGGGGCACUCAGCGACAUAGGGUCCUAAAAACAUGAAAAAAUAUUUUAUUCCCCUGAAAUCUUAUGUGAAUAUAAUGCUCCAAGAAGGCUGCAGGUCCUGAGUUCUGCAAACUCUCCGAACUCCAACUCAGAGCUUUCUUCUGCAGGCAGAUAAAACAUUGUUUUCUUUCAGAGGUAAAAAAGAGAAGUUUUACCAAGUUUUAAUAACGUUUCUUCACACUCUCAUAAAUGAACCUGUGAUGCAUAGGUGAAUGUUUAAUGCAGCAGCUAUAUUUAUUCUUCCAUGUUCACCUCCUCCCUCUCUUGUAAUGGAUAAUUUUGUUUCUCUGCUCAGACAGGGCCAGGUAGUAUAAAUGGGCUGAAUAUUUGAAGGAAUGGGCUUUGAUCUCAUUUAAAGUGAAAAUUUAAUGGAAUCAGUCUCAGUAUUGUCCUUGGUAGACAACUGUGAAAGCUGUUGUUUUAGAUCCAAGAAAUGAUUUUAAUAUGGAUCGAACCCUUACAGAAAAUGAUAUGCAGGAUAUUAUCCAGUUCUGUGUUACCAGACUGCUUGAUACAUCAAACCCAUCCCUAAGCACAAUUAAGAUGCAAGUUAACUUUGAUAUGAACUAUGCAAACCGAGAUGAAUUACUGAGUGAGCAGGAGCGUGUUCUGGAAGGAAAACUGGCUCCUGUAGUUAGAGCCAUCACUGAGAGUGGUCCACAUGUGCAAGAAGAAAUGGAGAAUGUGUAUCAAAAGAUUGUUACCUAUGUGCUGCUGAGAUCUGGCCUGGGAUCCCCAACAGAUAUUGAGGCUGUCAGGGAGGUAACAGCUGCCUUGCAGAGUGUGUUCCCCCAGACAGAGAUGAUUACUUUCAUCUCACUCAAUAAGAGGGACAAAGAACAACAGCUGAAAGAUCUUGCCAUGCUAGUGACAGGAAUUCGUUUGUACAACAAACAGUGCCAGAGAGGAGGAAGCUGCAUUGAUGACUUGCCAGGCAUCCUGAGCGAAGCCAUUCCGUCGGCUACACGGACUCUCGAUGAGCGUCUGAACUCCUGCCAGCUGCUGGCCCACCGCUACACGGCCCUGCUGGAAGCCAUGCAGGAAGAGCCCCAAAGGUUCUCCCGGCUUAGAUUUCUUAAAUUAAAAGAAGCACUAUUCAAUGUGAGACAGUAUGAAGCCUUCCUUUGCAUCCUUCAGUCUAAUGCAAUUACAAGUGCUCAAGAAGUUGAAUCGUUGGAUGUUCAGUUUGAAGCAGCAAUGAUGGUAUUGAAAAAUACAGUGCAGGAUAAGACUUCCAUAGAGUCUGGAGAAGUUUUUCCUCUGUUUAUGGAACUUUCUAAGCUUUGGACCGGGUUUCAGGAUGAAAUGCUACUCCUAAGCUUCCUCACAAAUAUGGCUGACAAUCUGCAACAAUUCUUGGAAAUCCAAUCAGAGCUUUUUCCAGAGGAAAUGCUAGCAUCUCUUCUGGAAGGAGUGACUGUGAAAAGUGAUGCGGAAAGAAUAAAAGAAACCAUGGGAACCAGAGUGAAUGUUUCUGAUUUCACAAACCAAGAAUGGCUUUUUCCAGAGACUACUGAUAAUUUUGAUCAGUUGCUGAUCCAGUACCAUGGUUUCUGUGCAUAUUCAAUUGGUGUGAAAGGUAUCACACUACCAGGAAAUCCUGCUAUUGGAAUUUUGAAGCACAAGGAGAAAUACUAUGUUUUCAGUUCAAAAGAAACUGCAUACAUCUUUGCUGAAGAUCCAGAUAAGUUCAUCCAAUUGAAUAUAGAAAAAGCAAAAAAAUAUGCAGAGCUAAUUCAACUGCUUGAGCUCCAUCAUCAGUUUGAAUACCUUGUUCCACAGGCACAGGCCAGAAAGGCAAGCAGAAGUUCAAUGAAACCACCCCUAAAACGUGAGAGUGGUACUCAAACUGAUACUCAUAUCUUGCCUCCAACUAUUGUGAGAUCCUAUGAAUGGAAUGAAUGGGAACUGAGAAGAAAAGCUAUAAAAUUGGCCAACUUGCGCCGCAUGUUAACUCAUUCCAUGCAGACUGAUCUCAGCCACAUGAGAAGAGAGAACUUCACCCAAGUGUACCUGCCAAAAGAUGCUGGCACCCAGACUAAGCGUGACAACUCAAGCAAUGUACCCAAACCCCAGAUUUUUUUGAAAGGUCUCAGAGGAGGAUCAUCUCCCACUACUCAUAUGGUCACAGUAGACUUAACAAGACCACUGGAUGAAACUUAAGUGAUAAUGAGAAACCUGAAGCUGCAUCUUGAAUGUGUAUAUAAAAAUCCCUGAAUAUAUCUGAAUUUAGACACUAAA